AUGACCUUCCACAGGUCUGUCGUGGCUGCCGCCGCGGCCCUGUCGCUGGCCACGCUCACCACAGCCACCAACUAUGAGCUUCCUGCCUGUACCGACAAUUUCACCCCCUUCACCAGCAAGGGUUGCUACACCAAUGGAGACACUGCUCUCAUUAUGCGCUCCAAAGUCAGCGGCACCGACAUGACUGUUGAGAAGUGCACUUCCGUCUGCAAGGGCAACGCCUUCCGCUACGCUGGUCUCACCUACUAUGGUGUCUGCUACUGCGGCGACGACAUUGCUGCCGACAAGACCGCUGAUGGUUCUUGCAAUUACCCUUGCAACGGUAACAAGGGCGAGAUCUGCGGUGGCAAGGGCACUCUCAACAUAUGGGAGGAUCCCACCUACACCAAGACCCCAGACCAGGUUACCGUCGCCGACUACGCUUACAGCGGCUGCUACGUCGACAAUGUCAACAACCAGGGCCGCGCUUUCCCCUGGCCCGAGAGCAUCGAGCCCGCCAAGUUCACCCCCGAGUCCUGCAUUGCUGCUUGCAAGGCCCAGGGCUUCCCCAUUGCUGGCUCCGAAUACGCCCACGAGUGUUGGUGCGGCAAUGUCCUCUCUCGCACCCAAAAGGCCGACGAGAAGGACUGCAAUGCUCCUUGUGGCGGAGAUGCCUCCCGAAUCUGCGGUGGCAACAACCGUCUGAGCGUUUACAUUGCCAAGGACCUCGAGUCCAACGAGCCUUGCGGCAACGGUAACCCUCCCACCAGCAGCAGCACCUCGACUGCCCCUACCACUCAGCCUACUCAGCCCACCUCUACCGGCUCUUCCACCGGCCCCGGAACGUCCACCGGCACGUCCACUGAGCCUACCUCGACUGGCACCUCUACUGAGCCUACCUCGACUGGCACUUCCACUGAGCCUACCUCGACUGGCACUUCCACGGAGCCAACUGGCACCUCUACUGAGCCUACCUCGACUGGUACUUCCACUGAGCCUACCUCGACUGGCACUUCCACGGAGCCCACUGGCACCUCCACUGAGCCUACCUCGACUGGCACCUCCACGGAGCCUACUGGUACUUCCACUGAGCCCACCUCGACUGGAACAUCCACUGAGCCUACCUCGACUGGCACUUCCACGGAGCCAACUGGCACCUCUACUGAGCCUACCUCGACUGGCACUUCCACGGAGCCCACUGGCACCUCUACUGAGCCUACCUCGACUGGAACCUCUACUGAGCCUACUGGCACUUCUACUGAGCCCACCUCGACUGGUACUUCCACUGAGCCUACCUCGACUGGCACUUCCACGGAGCCUACUGGUACUUCCACUGAGCCCACCUCGACCGGAACCUCCACUGAGCCUACCUCGACCGGAACCUCUACUGAGCCUACCUCUACUGGCACCUCCACUGAGCCUACUGGCUCGUCCACUGGCUCGUCCACUGGCUCGUCCACUGGCUCGUCCACUUCAACCAGUACCUCUACUGGUUCUUCCACGGGCACCUCUACUGGUCCUACUUCCACUGGUUCUUCCACAGGUACCUCUACUGGUCCUACUUCCACUGGUUCUUCCACUGGCCCUGGUACUUCAACCGGUACCUCUACUCGUCCUACGACCAGCUCCUCGACCAACCCUGGUACCACUACCAACCCUGGCACCUCCACAAAGCCUACCACCACUGCUCCUGGUUCUUGCACUACCACUAUCGUCACUCCCCCCACUUGCGAGCACCAGAUUGGCAAGUGGUGCCUGCCUCCCACUCCCGAGUGGACUUGCAAGGAGGACUGCUACGCCGCCUGGAAGCAAUGCGAGGUUACCGUUUGGUCUUGCUUCAACCAGGCUGGUUAUCCUGACAGCUUGAACUGCUUCGAGUACGCCGGGUGGUGCAAGAGCCUAAAGAGCUACUGCAGCCGUUGCGACAACAGCGCCAAGUGCAACAAGCUUGACUGCUGGAAGUCCCUUGAGCCCGGCCAUGUUGGCACUUCCACCACCAAGACGGUCACCACUUCCUGCACUGCUGUUCCUACCUCCAACCCUCCUGGUACCAGCACCAACCCUGGCACCAGCACCAAGCCCACCACCACUAAGCCCCCUGGCACGACUACCAAGCCUACUACCAGCACCAAGCCCGCGACCAGCACCAAGACCAGCACUUCCACUUCCACGACCCAGUGCCCUCCUCAGCCUACCAACGUCUGCAAGCAGCCCACCUCUAAGGACUGUGACUUUGGCCCCGGUAACCCCGUCGGUGGUGUUCCUCUGCCUAUUAUCACUUGCAACGACUGCAAGGAUGACUUCAACGCCAACCCCUUCAAGAUGUACACCAAUGCGAACAGCAGAAACUGCCCCUCGUACCCCCACGGCCAGAUUGGCGGUGCCUGUUGCGAGGCUUGCAAGUACCAGUACUACAAGUGCGUCGAGGUCUAUGCCAACUCUUGCAAGAACCUGCAGAACCAGCCCAACUUCCAUCCUCCCCGCUCCAUCGAAGAACGCGAGCCCUGGAGUUCCGGUUCUUCCAGCUCUUCGAGCUCUUCCUCGAGCUCUUCUUCCAGCUCCUCCAGCUCCUCAAGCAACCACUGGGGCAAGGGGGUCUGCAAGGGCUGGGGCAGCUACAGCGGUGGUGUCAGUGCCUCUGCCUCUGCCAAUGCCAAUGGUAGCGGUGCCUGGGCCGGCGCCAACGCCUGGGCCAGUGCUGGUUGGGGUUCUGGCAACAACAACUACAACAAUGCCGUGUACCGCUGCAAGGUUCAGUAUGAUGACUGCAUCUACGAGAACCAGUACGUCAACCCUGUUGCUGAGUGCAGAAGCUGGGGCUGCAAAUAA